AUGGAGAAGAACGAUAAUAGCAGCUGGGACUUGCUCACGGACGCCCUCGUCGAGAUCCUGGUGCGGGUUCCGCCCAACGCUCGCCGCCGGCUCCGCCUCGUCAGCCGGCACUGGCGAGAGCUCAUCGACCACCGUACCGGGACGGACAUGCGGAGCCGCAGCAAGAUCAUCGCCGUCAGCGAUAAGGGUCUGGGUCUCAUGUCCGUCAUCGACAUCCUGACGCCGGGCAGCCCAAGGCGACUGUUGUGGCAGACAGACAUUGCCACGGCGCGACGGUACAGCAUGAUGAGCAUCGCCGGCACCUGCAACGGCCUCGUCUGCCUGUGCGAUGACCACACGCCCGGCGGGGCCAUCACCGUGGCCAACCCGUCGACCGGCGAGGCUCUGCCUCUCCCGCCGCUGCCGACGCCGAGCGCCGAUGUUCACCUGAGCAGCAACAGCAGCUGGAACUGGAAUCAGACGUAUAGCUUCGGGUACGACCACACGACAAGGCGGUACAAGGUUGUGCAUGUCCCGUGCACCUUUGACGACCGGCCUGACAUAGUGCACGUGUUCACGCUGGGGGAGGCGUCGUGGCGGGCCGUGCACACCGGCGGCACCGACGCAAGAUGCAGCCCCGGCACCAGCUGCCUCGCCCAAGUCGACGGCACGGUGUACUGGCUCACCAUGGACGCCGGAAAGAUCAUGUCGUUCGAUCUCAUACACGAACGCGUCAUGUGCACCGAGCCUCUGCCGGUGCCGGCCAUGGCGAGCACCUACCACCUGGCAAAGGUGCACGGGAGCCUAGGCGUCGCCGUCGGCGACAACGACUCUGUGACGGUGUGGGUCCUAGAGGGCGAGAGGUGGCGCCGCCGGUACGUCCUGGAAGUGGAGAGGCUGCGGCGACAGAAGACGUGGAUGACGCGGGAGCUUCUGGUUCACGGCGACUACUUCCUAACGUUCACGCCUCAAAGCUGGAAUGGAACCGUUGUCUUGUAUCGGCACAACCUGAGCGAAAAUUCAGGGUCACAAGACGGUGUGGUGCAGGUAAAACACAGGGAUCGAGGGGAGGAACUGACGUAUUUUUCGUGCUUUAUCUACCAGACAUUUUCCUACGUCGAGACAAAGGAGCCAUUGGGUCUUUACAAUGAUGUUUUGGUACAUAACUGA